AUGGGAGAGAACUGGAAUUCGGACACGACAGGACUUUUACUCUGUUCUACACGGCAUCAAUCCCACGACUGCACGGCUCGCGAGGAGAGUCCUCGACUGGCUGAUGGACUCGGGGAAGCUGCCGAUGUACAACUUAGCCAGGAGGCUCGAGCUGGAAGCGGCGGCCUGAAGCGCCCCCGUUCGGAGGCCAGGAGGCCUCCUCUCUUUCUUGAGCAAUAUCGGAAGAAGAGAUGGCUUGGGGAUCUACGAUUCAAGAUCAGCAGGAAGGCCCUAGGUCUCGUGACCCUACAACACCAGCUCUGCCACCGUCGCGUCGAGGCUCUCUCCAAGCUUACAGAGGCACAACGACGUGCCCAGUCACCUGACGAAGACUCCUGUACAGGGUCGUUCCGGCGCCAGUUUGGCCUUGUUCCCACAAGAUUGAGGAGAGGCUCCGCGCUAACGAGGAGCUUACAAUCCGAGACACCCACGAGCAUUGGAGGCUCGGCAAGGACCUUGCCUCUGGGGACCUCUAUCUCCCUAUCCUCGAGCCCCUCGCAGUUGUGGUACGUCGUGGAAGACCAGUUAUUGGACCCGAGCAGAUCCCCAUUGCUGCCAUCCCACGUGGAGACAACUAUCGUCGACGAGCCGCUGCGAGCCGCCAACGUGAUCCCUCUCAAUGGGAGCUUAUGGACCAGGCGGAGAUCCAGGGACACCUCUAUCAAGGACGGGAUAUCGAAGUGUCGACACCGACGCCGGCACGAGGACGUGGACGGGGCUCGGGGGCUCGGGGGACUACAGGAAGACGGGGAAGAGGUCGCGGACGGGGACGAGGCCAGCAAAAUAGAGUAUACGAGACCCAAGGAGGUACAGGUCCAGCGUCUAGUGCAGCCAUACAGCUCGGGAGGCCAGAACCGGACACCCCCUUGGCUAGUUGACAGAUAG